AGGCGGAAGGGAGGAGAGGGAGGGUGGAAAACUGUUGAAUUUCUGGGGUUUGCAUUAGCGACGCGCCUUGGCUAUCCCCGCGGAGAUGAAAGAGAAGUGGGGAAAGUAACUCGGGAAAGUGAGCGGGCUUGUGCUCCAAUCCGAGCGGCGCCUUUUGGGAAAGAAAAGGGAAAAUAGAAAAGAAAAGGGAAAGCAGCGGCGUGCACGCCCUGUAGAGCGAGCUAGCAGACACAUGCUGGGCGAGCGGGCAGGCUCGUACUCUUCUUCCUCAAGUCAACAAGGGUCGUUUUUUGAAAGAAGCAGCGCAUAACAAUCGGAGGUGCGCCGUGCAACAGGGGGGAGGGGGGAAGGAAGAGAGGAAUGAAGUGGAAAAAAUAAAAUCAGGAGGAGGCGGAGAAAACACCGUGACAGCGAAUUACUUCCAAAAAGAGAAUGGAUGUCUGUUGUGACCCAGGAUCUUACGGGGUGCGCCCUUAAGCGUGUCCCCCCUUUCUCCAGCCCAAGUCUCCCUUCUUCGGUGGCACUGGCUCCUCUGCUUGGUUGUAGGAGGCAAGAAGCAGCGUCGGCUGCUGUUGUUACUGUUUCUUUGGAGAUUUAUUAUUAUUAUUCCUGGGGGAUGCUGGUUUCCAGACCUUGACUUGUGCAGGUUCCUCUUUUAAUUGUAUGGCAGAUUUUGGCCUGCCGGUUGCUUGUUUUGCAAGAGGAGCAGAGAGGCGCCUGGCUUGGAUGUAAAAAGUUGGAAUUAUCAUUUUGCAGCGAACAUGUGCACCAACAUAGUCUAUGAGUGGCUGAAGACCCUGCAGCUUUCACAAUACGCGGAGUCCUUCGUCGAUAAUGGCUACGAUGACCUGGAGGUUUGCAAGCAGAUAGGGGACCCGGACCUGGAUGCCAUUGGGGUGUCGGUGCCCCAUCACAGGCGCCGAAUCCUGGAAGCAGUGGUGAGGUUGAAAGAGGAGGACGAGACCGCUGUUGGUCUCUAUUUCACCUUGGAGCCUCAGCAACAGCAGGGCUCUUCCUCUCCCUCCCCAGAGAUUUACACCAGCCACUUGGUGGAGCAGUAUGAGGCUAAGUCCUGGCGGGAUCCUAGCCCUCACCGUCGUCCGGGGAAUCAGGGGACCUCCAGGAGCCAGAAACUUGGGCGCCGCAGCAGGGAGCUGGUGGUUUACCCCAAGCUGAAACUGAAAAUCAUGAUUAGGGAUAAACUCAUCCGGGAUGGGAUCAACCUGAGCAAGCCCCCUUACUCCAACAAGGAUGGGUCACUGGGAAACAUCGAUGACCUGGCACAGCAGUAUGCAGAUUACUAUAACACCUGUUUUACUGAUGUGUGUGAGCGGAUGGAGGAGCUACGCAAACGCAGGGUUUCUCAAGACCUUGAUAUGGAGAAACCCGAUGCCAGCCCCACAUCACUACAGCUGCGAUCCCAGAUUGAAGAAUCGCUUGGCCUCAGCAGUACUUUGUCAACACCAGAAACUGAAAGAAAGCUUUCCCUUCAUAAAUCAAGCUCUGAAGAAAGCUCUGUAGGGAGAGCAGACUGGAAAAAGAAGAAUAAGUAUUUUUGGCAGAAUUUCCGAAAGAACCAGAAAGGAAUAAUGAGACAGGCUUCGAAAGGAGAGGAUGUUGGUUAUGUGGCAAGUGAGAUCACAAUGAGCGAUGAAGAACGGAUCCAGCUGAUGAUGAUGGUCAAAGAGAAGAUGAUCACCAUUGAGGAAGCACUGGCAAGGUUGAAGGAAUAUGAGGCCCAGCACAGGCAGUCAGGCGUUAUAGACUCUACAGAUUGGCCUGACGGCUCAUGUCCCACUUUUGAAGGAUCUUCCAAUUGUAAUUCAAGAGAACAAUCGGAUGAUGAGACAGAGGAGUCGGUGAAGUUUAAGAGAUUGCACAAGCUGGUUAACUCUACUCGCAGAGUCAAAAAGAAACUAAUUAGGGUGGAAGAAAUGAAAAAACCCAGCACAGAAGGUGUGGAGGAGCAAUCGCUUGACUGUUCUCCGGUACUGGAUGACAGAUCGGCACUUUACUCUGGAGUUCACAAGAAGCAAUUCUGCUUCGAUGGAUCUUCUGAAAAGCAGCAGCCUGAGGAUGACUCAGACUCUCUCACCACUUCCCCUUCAUCCAGUAGUCUAGAUACUUGGGGUGCUAACAGGAAAUUGGUUAAGACCUUCAGCAAAACUGAUAGCCGUGGUCUUAUUAAGCCCCCUAAGAAGUUGGGAACAUUUUUCUCUUACCCAGAAGAGGAGAAAGCUCAGAAGGUUUGCCGCUCUUUGACAGAAGGGGAGAUGAAGAAGGGUCUUGGUUCCUUGAGCCAUGGGAGAACCUGUAGCUUUGGAGGAUUUGACUUGACAAAUCGUUCCCUGCACAUUGGAAACAACUCUGACCAAAUGGGCAAAGAAGGAGACAUCAUUUAUAAGGAAGUGAUCAAAUCGCCCUCUGCUUCCCGUAUAUCUCUUGGGAAAAAGGUGAAGUCUGUAAAAGAAACCAUGAAAAAAAGGAUGUCUAAAAAAUAUAGCAGCUCUCUUUCAGAGCAGGACUCCAGCUCUGAUGUAAUGCCAGGUUCUCCGCAGUCACCCCAGCCAGAGACUGAUUCACUGGAUAAACCCAAACUGAAAGCUGGUGGUUCAGUAGAAAGCCUGAGGAGCUCCUUAAGUGGUCAGAGCUCAAUGAGUGGUCAGACAGUGAGCACAACAGAUUCCUCAGCCAGCAAUCGUGAGAGUGUGAAGUCCGAAGAUGGUGAUGAUGAAGAGCCUCCCUAUCGGGGACCUUUCUGUGGACGAGCCAGGGUCCACACUGAUUUUACACCCAGCCCUUAUGAUACUGACUCCCUGAAACUUAAGAAAGGUGAUAUCAUAGAUAUAAUCAGUAAACCUCCAAUGGGCACUUGGAUGGGCCUGUUGAACAACAAGGUGGGCACAUUCAAAUUUAUCUAUGUGGACGUAUUAAAUGAGGAGGAAGAGAAGCCAAAGCGGCCCACAAGGAGACGACGGAAAGGAAGACCGCCUCAGCCCAAGUCUGUCGAGGAUCUUCUUGAUCGUAUCAAUUUAAAGGAGCACAUGCCCACUUUUCUAUUCAAUGGUUAUGAAGAUCUGGACACUUUCAAGCUGCUGGAAGAGGAAGAUUUGGAUGAGCUGAAUAUCCGAGACCCUGAGCACAGAGCUGUUCUCCUCACAGCAGUGGAGCUUUUACAGGAAUAUGAUAGUAACAGCGACCAGUCGGGAUCUCAGGAGAAACUUCUUAUAGAAGGUCAGGGCCUGAGUGGAUGCUCUCCCCGGGAUUCUGGCUGCUAUGAAAGCAGUGAAAACUUGGAGAAUGGCAAGACUCGGAAGACCUCUCUGCUGCCCACAAAGUCAGCCAGUGAGCACUGCUUUAAUAGAAGCCAAUUGCCAAAUUAUCCAACUCUGCCUUUAACUAAAUCAGUGGAAGCUCUUCAGCAAGGGAAGAAGGAUAUCCGGUUGAGCUGCAAGCAUCAUGCUCCCAAAAGCUGCAUCAAGCCUCCAAAUAUCACAGAUCUGAAGAAGAACCGCAGAAGUUUACCAGCAGCUGUCUGUCGGAGCUGUGAGACUCUGAAUGGCACCCAGAAUGUGGCUAAGUGGCCAAGAUCUCAGUCACUGGAUGACCUCCAAAGAGAAUCCAGCACUGACCUACAGAACACUAGCAAGAAAGUAGAUUCUUUCCCUCAGGGUAUAUUGGAUAUAUCGAAAAAGAUGACUGUUUCUGCCCUGAAGCCUAAGGCUCCUGAGGGUGGCAUGAGGGCAGAAGACAAUUUGCAUAAGCAAAGUAAAGGAACUGCUGAUUCUCAGAAGGGAAAAGCUAGGACAUUGGACUGCUCAGUAACAGAGACUUCAUGUGGGGCCCCUGUUCAGCACCUGCCUAAAUGCUGGGAGGUUCAUUCUACUUCAGUUAUACACAGUGUAACAAGGACACCUCUGGAGAAGUCUCACAAAAGUAUUCAGAUCCUUGAAAGGUCUGAUAAUCCUUCAGUCCUGAAGAAAGGACUGAAAGCUGACCAGAAGGGCAUGAGCGAGGCAAGAAUUCAGUCAAAAAAUCCUUCACAGCCACCACCUGUCCCUGCCAAAAAAAGCCGAGAACGCCUUUCUAAUGGACUAUAUCAUCCCCCUAUGACCCUAAGUGGAGCCCUUUCCAGUCCAGAUGCACCAUGUUUGCCAGUAAAAAAGAUCAAUCCAUCCAGCCCCAUUGAUUGCUGCGUUAUACCUGCUUGUAGGCCCUCUUCUGAGCAGCCCAGCACCCCACCAAGCACGCUGCCCCCUUGGUUAGCUGAGCUUCCAGAGACUGCUAGCAUUCAGCAACAUGUGGUAAAGCUAGGCCCUGCGUUAUCCAGGAAAGUCUCUUGUACUAGAGGACUGGAUCUGGAAAUGUUGGUAGAAAACAAGUUGCAGUCUGAAGAGAUUGAUCUCACAGAGGAACCAUAUUCAGACAAGCAUGGUCGCUGUGGGGUUCCUGAAGCUCUGGUGCAGAGAUACUCUGAGGACCUAGCGCAGCCUGAAAAGGACGUUGCUACAAACAUGGACCAAAUCCGAGUGAAGCAGUUGAGGAAGCAGCACCGCAUGGCAAUUCCAAGUGGAGGGCUCACUGAAAUCUGCCGAAAACCUGUAUCUCCUGGACAUAUCACAUCUAUAAGUGACUGGCUGGUAUCAAUUGGCCUGCCUAUGUAUUCUAACUCCCUCACAGAAGCAGGAUUCAAUACUCUGAGCAAAGUGCCUUCUCUGUCACAAACUUGCCUUCAAGAAGCUGGCAUCACAGAUGAGAGGCACAUAAGUAAGCUCCUGGCAGCAGCAAGACUCUUCAAACCUAUUGAUCCAGAAGUAAUUUAACAUGCUCUGGAAUGUGGCACUCCCUGACUGAGCUGCUUCUUGCACCAGUUUUGCCCUAAUUUCUCCACACAGCAAAUGGGAUCAAACAGGCGGACCCCAAGGAUGGGCAAAUAAACUCCUCAGAGGAUCUUCCUUUCUUUCUGUAUCUGGCAACGAAGAGAGAAAAGAAGCAACCGCCAGGUAACAGAGGUGUGGUACUUCCUUACACCUCAACAGCAAAGUAUUUUAGUUCUGAAAGUGCACAGGGUUAGCCUGUGAUCAGACAGCACCCCAUGUGGCCAUGUGAACAUUAAGCUAAAAAAGGUAUGACAUUCUCCACAAGAUUGUGACAGAUAAGCCCACUGUCAGCGCUCCUUCUGUUGCAAGGUCUCUGUAACGUUGGGUCCCUGUUACCUAGCAUCAGUGCUGACAGCCACAUACAAGCCAAGGUGCCACUCACCGGUAAAAGCUGUUUUGCAAAUCUUGGGGUUUUUGUUUGCUUGUUUUAGCAAUCAGAUGGUAAAUACAUGCCCUUUAAAAAAAUAAUCUCUGUUGCUUGUAUAGUUCCUGUAGACCAUAGAGCCUUUAGCUGGGCCAAAAUAAUGGACUGGAAUUAGUUUACAAUAUUGACCAUUUCUGUUGUUCCAAUACAGCUAAUCUAACAGAGUCCCCAACUCCUUUUGUGUACAGAAUUGCGGUCAUUUUUGUAACUGCUUUCUAGCAACCAGCUUUUUUAUUUGCCUUAAAAUAAGCUUGUAAGCAGUAUCUAGUGUUCACUUAUCUGUAUCCAGCCUUGCUUCAUCCUGUUGUUGUCCCAUGGCACUUAGGGUGAUUUUGAGUUAAAGUAAUUUCGUAAAUUGUCUUAUAACCUCUUCUAUUUGUAGAGGUGCUUUUGCAAAUGCAGUUUUCAUUGUCAGGGUAACUAUUUGUUCACAGUGGUCUGCGUUUGCUGCUGUUACUAAAAUGUUCAAAGUUAUCAUGGCUUGUAUAUAUGUAACUGCUUUUCAUUUUAAUCAUAUUUUUAUGUACUGUGUUAUACCGUCAAUCAUUGUACUGCAGCUUUGACUUGGUAUUCUGACCAUAUCAGUUCAAAACAUUGGUUUCUUCAAAUGAAAGAUUGCCCAAAGGAAACAACAUGCAUCAGAAAAGCAAACUGUGUCCCAUAGAAAGCAUCAGAGCAGUAAUUUCACUGCAUGGACAAAAAAAACCCACCACCCUCAGAAUCUUAUGAAUUAUACUGUAGUCUUACAAAACUUGAUGUCUGCCUAGUAUUGAGUAUUUCAUAUUUCUUCUCUUUGGAAGAAAGUGUCAUUGUGUAAUGCUGGACAAACCAUUUAUGUCCAUUAAAUAGUUACCCUAUUUUCUGUCUAAACCAAUGUAAAAUCUCCCGUUCACAGCUGUGGAUACUAACAGAUUUUAUUUUUAUACAUAGGCAUUCAUUUUAUAUACCAAAUACAGAUCACAAUGAAUAGUAAUUAACUAGAUUUUUUUGGUGUCUAUAUCCUAUGUACUUUUCUUUCACUUACAGUAGUGAAAACUCUUAAACUUAGACAGAAUAGGCUUUCCUUUGGCAGGUGAAGGGGAAGAUGUAAUCUAGUGAACUGAACACAGGCUUAGAACUCUCUAUUACCAACCCUACCACUAGCUUGCUAUGUUAAUUCAGGCAAGUCACUUCCGUCUCUGUGACUCAAUUUUUCCACUCAUAAAACAAGGAUAAUGAUAAUUCUUCUUCUUGAUAAAGUGCAUUCAAAUUGAUGAAGUGCUGAAAGGGCACUGUUAAUAUUGCCUACUCUAUUUAAAUCAGGUAUGCUGUAAAUUUUACCUAAAAUGAUAAUCUGGCUCUUAGUGUCCAUUUUAUUUACUUAAUUUCAGUUACCACCAGCUUCGGUUGUUAUCUCUUCUGCCCUAAAUUCUGCCAUCAGAAUUAAACACAGCAUAACUAAUUCCUUGUAUCAUCUGAAAUCGUUCUGGAUCUUGUCUUAAAACCUAAUAGUGCAUUUCUCUGUGGAACUGGUAUACUAGUAAUAUUUGGUGACAGAAUGUGUGCUAUAACCAACUGCUUUUGCACAAAUGGCUAAACUCUUACAAAAGAGCAAAGUGCUUAUUGUAUGGGCCUUGGCUGUUAUAACAAUGAUUUGUCUGUCAUCCUUCUCUAAAGCUUAAAGGGAAGCCUAUAGAAAACAAUAGCUAAAGGAGCAUUGAGACACCCACUGAUAGGUGGGGUGGGGUCACCAGUGAUUAAGAGUAAGCAGGAGAAUGCCCAUUAGGAGUUUGGGGGAGAGGGGGUGUGCAAGAGACUGCUUACUAUGCACAGUUUGAGUCUCAAACAUCAUCUAAAACAAAAUGAAAACAAUUUCUGCUCAUCAAGGGCAAAUCCCUCACCUUAAUUUCUUUUUGAAACCUGAUUAAUAAGAGGAGCCUCGUAGGUGAGAGAAACAAUCUGGAUUUCUGAAGCUCUCCAUGCUCCAAACUGCCUUUUGGAUGAAGUAAUAGCAUGGAGAAAUCAAAACGCACUUAUCAAUACUUUGCUACGGGGGGGGAGGGGGAAUUCUGAAUUAAAGUCUUUGUGAUUUGUGUUGUUCAUUUUGCUCUUUGAUCUGGUUUUUAGAUUCUGCCAUUUAAUCUUUUUGGUUUUUGUUAUAUUUUAGCAUAUAUUUUCUUCUUAGAAAAGCCCUUACACUGCUCAGCUUGUGAGCUUCUCCUGCUGGUUUUAGUGAACAGGGCAGGUGGGGGAUUGCAACAAUAAAUUUCCUUUUGAAGUGCAACACUCUAAGCAAAUGUUAGCUCAUUGGCUACUGGGAUUAAGCACAAAGGGAACACUGUUAAUGAAAUCCUGAUCUUCUCUUCUCAGACAAGUACUGCUCUGUGUCCACUGUGUGCAACUCUAACUUGAAAAGCUAUUUGAUAAGGGAAGAAGCAUGCCCAAAAUUAUUAUCAAUCAGCAUUACAAUUAUAAGCUCCUAUUAAUACCCACGUAUUGCCAUCUGAGUAACUGUGCUAUACUUCAUGUCCCAGACCCUGUGCUCUUAUAUGAGUCUAGCUUUGGAUGCACACUGGGAGCAUGGGCAUUAAGUAUUAUAUUAUUCUGCCAGGUCAUUCUCCCUAAGAGAAGCAAUAGAGGUCGAUUCACCAAGUCACAGCUGUACAGUUGUGCUGUAUUAUUUUUAGAAUAAAUAAUACAUUUGGUCCAAGAUACUGUCACCCUUAAUUAAUACCCUCUAUGGAAACAAAACUGUAACAACUAACAAUGUUGCACUUUCUGUAUAUGAAAUCAGUAUUUAAAUAACUUAUUUUUCUCCAUUUGCUGUUCUUAAAUGAUGUAAGUAGCUGUAAUAUACCAGUACCCGAUAUGUCCUUGCAGUUUGCUUCAACCCGAGAAAGCUGUGUAUUGUAAAGAAAACAACAUGAAUGUGUAAAGAUUAUUGUGCUUUCAUUUAGCAAAAAAAAUUGACAAAAGGGUUUUCCUGUGUAUCAAACCUAGUCUAUAAUUGUCAUAUUGUUCAUAGACAAAAAUAAAUACAUUUCCUCAG